UGUUACGCCGGCGCAGUGGCGUAUUUAUCGAUUUUGGAAGCAAAGCUGCCCCAACAUUGCAGCCCAACAUUGAUUUGACCACGAAGGGUACCGGUUUGGUACUUGAUAUAUAAUCGGCGAGUCCACGUAGAAUUAAACGAGAAAAGGAAACAACCUGGUUGCUCCAUGGUGAACUCCAGAGCUUGCGAGUUUGCAUCUCGUCCGGUGAACGUGUUCCGCUGGUAGUCAGAAUUAGCUCUCUAUCCGCGGAGAGCGUUUCCGUAUCGCAAAGGGCAAAUAAGAAGAAAUCAUGCAGAACUAUGGUCACGAGGAUUACGGCUACGGAGCGUCGAACGAUGCAUCCAACGUGCAACCAGGAAGCAGAGUUCUCCCUCAUGUUCCAUCGGCUCGGCCGAUGGUGGACCCUCAAGCCGAGGGUGAGGUCGACCCCAGCCAGUAUCCUCAGCCAAAGGAAGCCACGCAUAAGAUACGCGGUAAGAGCGAUAUCUUGGAGUAUCUCUUCGGCGCUGUCGAUCAAGAACUCCUCACCGUGAAGACCUUUUACUUCUUCUUCUACUCGGCCUUCGGUUCCCUGUUUCCGCUCAUGGGGGUGUACUUUAAGCAAAUGGGGAUGAACGCUGGACAGUGCGGUCUUCUCAUCGGUCUCAGGCCGUUCAUCGAGUUUCUCAGCGCUCCUUUUUGGGGAUCCUUGGCCGACAGAUGGCAAAAAGGCAAACUUAUUCUAUUAGCUUCUCUUUCUUGCUGGAUCAUCUUCACUCUACCUUUGGGUUUCGUUCAACCACCGCCAACUUCUUGCAUGGUUAGAUCAAAUGAUACUUAUUAUCUGGAAGCGUCCAGCAGAGAGCAGAGAAUUGUAAAGAGAUCGACCGAUUUAGAUGAAUUGUAUUAUCCCGAAAAUAAAGAGGAGUAUCUAGAGAUCGCGUCUAAUGUCGUCUUCGAAAGAUUGCGACGAAGCACAGACGAUAAUGAAAUAUUAGAUUACACGAGGAAACCAAAUUCUUUGAAAGGAACUAAUAUGUUCGGUAUACCUUUUGAUAUCGUGAAAAAUGAUAUUACAUCAAGUUUCGAUAACGAUGGCUCCAUUGCGUACAAUUUGGAAACCAACAGAGUCAAGAGACAAAUAUCUCGCACAGCCAGGAAUGUCGGAAAUCUUAGAUAUUUAAGACACGAGGACAAUGCCGAUUCGGAUUCGAAGACCGUUGAUUUGGAGACACUGCAGAAGAACAAUCGUCCAGCUGAUAUCUUGGAGUAUAAACAGUUCAUGAAGAAUGAACAACCAGUUAAUAGAGGAGUCCCAAAGAAAGCUCACGUUUAUAUCAAGACACGUGUGAAACCACCACCGGAGAAAAUAAUGGUAAAACGAGAUGUAGAAAAGAAGCUGCCAUUCUUGAAUGAAAAUGACAUGAAACUUGAUGACAAUGAGGAAGAAACCGAAAGCAAUAUGGACGUGUCAUUAAUGAGAAGUCGCAGAAGUAUAAGAAUGCUUCACGGCCCUUUCAUGGGACAGAAUCAAUUGUCUCCUCUAUCGGUUACCUAUGCUGCGAAUUAUAAUGAAAAAGAGAAUAAAGGAUGGGUGAAACCACUCUUUAGUUCCAUAGUCUAUAGAUUACCGGAUAUUCAAAAAACCUUCUUUCUUCUGCUACUGUUGGUAGUAGUUGGAGAAUUUUUCUCUGCACCUGCUAUAACUUUAGCCGAUUCAGCUGUUAUCACUUUACUUGGUGAAGAUGCUGACAGAUAUGGUCAUCAACGUAUGUUUGGAAGUCUCGGAUGGGGUUUGGCCAUGUUUUUUGUUGGCAUCGCUCUUGAUCAUAGCACCGCAUUUCCGGAUCAUCCCUGUAAGCCUGAUGAGAGAGAAAAAAAUUAUACAAUUUGUUUUGCGAUAUUCAGCGUUUUAAUGGGCGCCGCGUUAAUAACAGCAACGCAAAUUAAUUUCAAAUAUGAUUUUGCGUCUGCUGAGUAUCCGCAAGAAGUUGUGGGUCCAGCUGAGCAAACACAAGAAGAAAAACUUCAAAGUCAAUUGUCUCAGCAGCUUAAUCUUCCUGGACUUCAGGAUUCUUCUGCUGCUAUAGAUCCUAAACCUCAACCUCCCGAAGGAAAGACUAAAAUGUUUGCACAAACCACAAAAGAAAUACCAGAGUGGGUGACAGUAUUGAAGCAAUUCAAAGAUCUGAAAUGCGCCUCGUUCCUAUUUGUCGCGUGGUUUAUGGGAUUUGGCAUAGGAUUGAUCUUUACUUUCCUUUUCUGGCACCUUCAAGAUUACGGUGGUUCGCCAACUUUAUUCGGCGUUGCAUCUGUCAUCAAUCACAUUUCCGAAAUCUUUGCAUACUUCUUCAGUUUCAAACUUAUUCGACAGAUCGGACACGUUAAGGUAUUGUGUCUGGGUCUAGGCGGAAAUGUGCUUCGAUUUCUUUAUAUAUCUUGGCUGAGAAAUCCAUGGUGGGUAUUACCGUUCGAGUUCAUCCAGGGUAUCACACAUGCGGCUGUAUGGGCCGCCUGCUGCAGUUACAUCGCCCAUAAUACACCACCGCAAUUACGUUCGAGCGCACAAGGUGUUCUUCAGGGACUCCACCAUGGGCUUGGAAGAGGAUGCGGUGCAGUAAUUGGCGGCAUGUUUGUUGCAGUUUAUGGCACAACUGCAACUUUCCGAGCGUACGGUCUCAUUUGCAUCAUCGUCCUAGCGGUCUUUAUCUUCAUCAACUUCUACAGAAAAGAUACCGGUUUUGUAUCCGAAUUGCCACAAACAGAAGAUCCGCAUCAGGUAGCCGAAGCUACUCAUUUGGCACCACAUGGUGUACCGAGUAAUGCUAUACCGAGAGCCCUAAGUUCUACCCGCUUGCAUGAACUAGCUAAUCAAGAUGCUGGUUACGGCGCUACUUAUCAAACUGCUGGUGGAAAUCUGGCCGUACCCGGUGCUAAUGGAGGUCCUGGCAAUCCAACGAAUCCAUUCUUAAACGGCGGAGGCGGCAGCGAAGGUGGAUAUAAUUACGGUAUGACUGGCAAAGGAGAGGACGAGUAUAUUCGUAGGAGCUUCCAGAUCUACAAUGAAGUGGUGGGUAGGGAAUUCGAUGUCGUAAAACCAACUAUUCAGCUACACGCCCAACAACCAUGCACCAAUCCUUUUCAUCAACACGACUACGACUGUCUUUCGCGUAAGGGGUUGUUGAAGAAAUUGCGAUUCUUAAUGAAUCAUUUGGACUUACGUAUGAUCGUCAAGUGCUUCAAUCGAGGAUUGUUUGACGAUGAUCCGGAUAUUAUCUGUAUCGGAUACCACGAGAUCGUGCGACGUGGUUUGCACAACACUGUGUAUGUUGAAGCUAUAGUCAACAAACACAGCCAGUUGUACGAAUGCAACGCAUCUAUGAUUCCCACUAACGGUAACACAUUGUUGGAAAAUUCGCAGAGUGGUCAUACAACCUUGAUGGGGCAAGGAAAUUCACCAAAAGCUAUUCUUAAAAGAUCAUCGGAAGUAGAUCUAGAAGAUGUUACCAGUGCGAAGAAACGUCACAAAAAUCCACAACCAAAAAAUGCAGUAUGCGCAUUAAACGAGCUAAAAACUGGAGCUACGUACAAAGUGGUGGGACAGACUGGACCUACUCAUGCUCCAAUAUUUACAAUUGCGGUACAGAUCGAUGGACAGACGUACGAAGGGAAAGGACGUACUAAGAAAAUGGCAAAGCACGCAGCCGCUGAACUCGCAUUGCGGAAUAUUAUUCAGUUUAGGAAUACGCCUGAGGUUCAUCAAGCCAUUAAUACUUGCCAGCCUGUUGUGCCUGUCGAGCCGGAUUUUACGAGCGACGUGACAGAACGUGAUAAUCAUCUUGUCAAUGCAUUUAAGACGUUAACGCAGGAGCCAAAGAAUACGAAUAAGUUUUUAGAUAAAGGUCCAGUUGCGUUGAUCAAUGAAUUAUAUCCAGGAGUUAUAUAUAAUUGCAUAUCCGAUAACGGAGAGAGUUACGCCAAGUUCACGAUAUCCGUGACUAUUGAUGGAGAGACAUUCGAGGGAACUGGCCCGAGUAAGAAACUGGCAAAAGCGGCGGCAAGUAAAGCUGCUCUAGCGAAAUUGCGAAAUGUUCAUAGUUCUUCGUUUUGUAUACCGCUACCCGUUCGCAUUCUACCGAGUUAUUCAAAUUCAGCGCACUGGCAGGAACAAAUGAGCUUGCCGCAAAUGCUGGCUGACAGAAUUGGCAAGAUGGUAAAUCAGAAGUUCAGCGAGCUCAUUCAAAGCAAACCGCAACACGCAAGGCGUAAAGUUUUGGCCGGUAUUGUACAAACCAAAGGACAAGACGCGGAAUUGAUAUGUGUCACCACUGGUACGAAAUGCGUUUCGGGCGAGCAUUUGAGCGUCAGUGGUGGUGCUGUGAACGAUUGUCACGCGGAAGUGGUAGCACGGCGAUGUCUCUGUGAAUAUCUGUACAAACAAUUAGAAUUGCAUACCGAAGAUAAAAGUGUGGAAUCUAUUCUCGAGCCAGUCAAGAAAGGAUUCAAAUUAAAACAAGGCAUCCAGUUUCACUUAUAUAUAAACACCGCGCCCUGUGGUGACGCGAGAAUUUUCUCGCCUCACGAAGAAAACGAAUCUGUAGAUAAGCAUCCCAACAGACGAGCUAGGGGUCAAUUACGCACCAAGAUAGAAUCUGGCGAAGGAACUAUUCCUGUGAAGAGUAACGAGGGUAUUCAAACUUGGGAUGGCGUACUAAUGGGUCAAAGACUGCUGACGAUGUCGUGUUCGGACAAAAUAGCUCGAUGGAACGUACUUGGUGUGCAGGGUGCACUUCUAAGCCACUUCAUCGAGCCAAUUUACUUCCACAGCAUUGUUCUCGGCAGUCUUUUGAACCCGAGUCACAUGUACAGGGCAGUUUGCGGUCGUAUUGAAAACACUAUCCAGGGUUUGCCACCGCCAUACAGACUCAAUAAACCGUUAAUGAGUUUAAUCACAUCUUCCGAAGUCAGACAACCGGGAAAAGCACCUAAUUACAGCGUCAAUUGGACGAUCGGACAGAAUGAAGCUGAAGUCAUAAAUUGCACAACUGGUAAAGAUGAAUUGGGGAAACCAUCUAGAAUAUCUAAACAAGCAUUCUUUAGAAGAUUCUUUAAUCUUUUAAGUAAACUUCCAACCAUAGAUGAUGUUGAUGAGAAUCGUUGUCGUCAUUAUUUUGAUGCAAAAUCUUCAGUACAAGACUAUUCGCUUGCCAAGCGUCAGUUGAAGGAUGCUUUCCUGAGGGCGCAACUAGGAAGUUGGGUGAAAAAGCCGAUUGAGCAAGACAUGUUUGAAGUCGAUAUCUGACUAAAUCGUAAUAGUAUUAAUAUCAGGCGAAACAAUGCAAAGAAUCAAGUCAUGGAAUAUGUAGUUCCUAGUGCAAAAUAGAUAGCUCGUUCGGCGUGUCAUAAUAUGGCAGAAUUUGGUAUCAGUAAAGCAUAAAUCGUAGGAUUUCGCGCAUGUAUUCUUAAUCUUGCGCCUUAUGAUCUCAAUAUAUUUAUCGUGUUCAAAGUAUAUUACGAAAAAUAUUUAUAAUUAUUAACAGCUUUGUUCUCUACAGUAUAGUCGAUAGACAAGAAUGCACCAGAAGUUUCUAUUAUUUUGACGUAUCAAUAGCGAUAGUUGAUAAAAAAGUUGAUUCAUUCAUUAUAUCACAUAUCCGUAUAAAAUUUCUUAGAUUAGAUAUUAAUAUAUAGUUUGUAAUGUGUAUGUAUGUGUGCUCGCGUGCAUGUAGCGUGUUAUUGCUUCUCAUCAUUAAAAUUUUUCUUUUUUGAUGCGCUAUUUACAUUGAACAUUUAAAAUUAGUAAGAAAAAAAAUUUACAUUUAAAUCAUUCUUUUUUAUUCAGAAUAGUUUGUUAUUUUGUAAACGUUUUUCUAUAUUUUUUAAUUUAUUUAUUUUUCAUCAAAUAGAUAUUUUUGUCCAUUUCCAUAAUAUAGGCGACUAAUCCUGGGAGAACAAUUUCAUAAAUAUAGUUUCGAAUUAAAAUAUAGUUUAAAAGGCAACACUAGUGUUUUAUAUAUGAAUGUAUUGUACCUACAACACAUUUCCAGAUAAUAUUCCUCAGAUACGCAAAUUUUACAAUUGCAAUUUUUUUUAAUAGGAUUGCAGUUUGUCAACUGUUAAUGCAUUAAUAAUAUAUACUUAUAAGUGUAAAACAUGAACAUCGUAUAUCAUGCACAAACAUAUCUUUGAAUAAGUGUGUAUGAAAACUCGUUUUUUUUUCAAACGGUCUUAACAAGCUUAAGUCUGCAUUUUUGUUUCAAAAUAUCUAAAGUUUAAAACUUUGUUUUUUUUCAUAAAUGGGAAUGCUAUCUGGGAUCUUUUAGUAGGGCAUUAGAUAUUAUAGCAACAAAUUAAGUUGCGAUACACCUUGCAUCCUCAACGGCUGUGAUUGGAUUCAGAUCUGAAAAAUGGAUCUUAAUCGUACAAGAUACCAACUUCGUCGCAAAGCUUAGGCGAAAGAGGCGGGACAGAAUUUCCUAUCGUCAGUUUGAAUAAUAAUUUCAAUUUUCCAUUAUAUGAUAGCGAUGUAAGCGUUUUCUCGUUUAUCUAUUUUACUCUCGCUUAGAAUUAGUAUUACAUUCAGAAAUACAUCUAAUUGUUAGCUUUCAAUGCAUAUGUUUGUUAUCAAAAAAUAUUGCGUUUUAAAGAUGUAUUGCAUACAAAAAAAAUCUCUUUGACAGCGAAUUAAGAACGAAUCGCACGUGAGAGUAUAAAUUAGAAUUGUAUACCAACUGUCCACAGCCGAUUUAAUGUAGUAAUUGAUUGUUAUUACUUUCAAUGCAUUCAAAUAAAUACGUAGGAAUUAAGUAAAUAUGUGGAAGUGGAUGGUAUAUUUAAAAAAAAAAUAUGAUAAUAAUUACGCGACGUGUAUGAUUACAACAUAGUUUUUCAGAUUAUUAAGUAUUAAUAGAGUAUAUUUAGAGAAUCCUAAGGUCAUUGCCUCACUGUGCCAGUAUUAUGAUUAAUGCAAUUCUGCCGUAAUGACACACUGCCCGGUGCUGGUCCAGUUUUGCAUAAAGAACUUGUUUGAUUUAAUUUAAUAUAAUGGAAGAACACCAAAUAUAUUUUUUUCCAUUAGAAUUAUUGUAUAUAGAUUAUUAUUAAAGCAAAAUAUUAUAAGUAUGAUUUUCUCGGAUAGGUAUGUCCUCUGCGUUUGGAUAAUAAAAGAGACUUAAUUACAAAUAUAUGUUACAUAUAUAAUUGUUUUUACGAUAAACAUUACAUGCAAACGUUUUUUUGUUUUGUACAUUUUAUAUUUAAUCGAUGUAAUAAUUUAAUUAUACGUUUAAUUUAAAAGUUCUUUGCGGUUAAAUUAUCGAAUUAUACACGACAUCCGAGCUAGCUUAUUUUAUUUCUAUAUAAAUAUAGAUAGGAUGUAUUCGAAUUGUUUCUCUUCUCUCGUGCGCAUAUCUGACAAAUUGCGAAAUAAGAUAAUGAAUAAUUUAGCUCGCGUAUGUUGAAGUAAUAUGUGAUAUCAGUAUUGUAUUUAUGCCAACCACACCAACGAAUUUUGCUUUAUUCUUCUGUCUAUAUUUUAGUAAAUAUAUUUAGUCAAAAGAAAAAAGAAUGACAACAGAGAUUUCGAUACAUGGCGGCAGCGAAAUUAAAUGUACAUCUGCACUAAAUCACGCGUGUAACAAGCUAUAAUGUAACAAGCUGGUAAUCAAAAGAGUUAUCGUACCAUCUAUAGAAAGAGUGUUUUAACGCUGCAUUUAGCAAUACUACACACAUAUAUAUUUUAAUCUAAUCAUUAAUGAAUUUAAUCAUUUUUCACAAUAUGCAAGUGUAUUAUUUACACAACAUAUAUACAUGAAAAACAAAAAAAGUGAUAUAAUACUGAAAAAUAUUCUUUCUCCAUAAAUAGUACGAUGCCUUUUCUUACCAUACAUGUUUACCAUAAUUCGUAUAAUUAUGCAUUUGUUGCUUAGUGUAAAUUGAUACUCCGGAAUUUUACGUUUGUAUUUUUUUGUUUUGUUUAUCCAAAAUCUAAAAAUAAUC